ACUCUCCAAUGUCUUCUAUCAACAUAACUGUUUUCAAGAGACAGGACCUACUUGACAGUCAGAUGACAAGUGUAUCAAUAUUUUCUUUAUUUCUCUAAAAUAAUUGGACUUUGGGGUAGUUUAUUGAAUAAUUCAUUAUCAUAUUGUUGCAGCAGCCAAAGGCAGAGGAAUUAUGCCAUUGUUCAGUAGCGCAUUGACUCUUCAGAGCGACGUGCUGCUAUUAUAGCGCAGGUUGGAGAGGCGUGGGCUACUACCGAUCCCCUAUGAGUGAGGCUUUGAUGUUCGCACAGACGGGCUCUUUACCAGUGCGUCCCGCUGCUAUAGGCUGGGCAUGAAUGGCAUUCGCUAUUGGUGGCUGUGCGUACAUAUAGAGGAGCGCUCGCGCGGGAUAAGGUUGGCGCCUGAGGUUCAUAUUAUCAACUUUUUAAGGAAUUAAAUAUCAGUCAACCCGGCUGUAAAUUUCGCUCGGACAUGAUGGAUUUAUGACAAACUGCAUGCCUUUUCUGGUGGAGUUGGAUUGACGAUUGACUCAUUUGAGCGUCCAUGCGUGUUAUAUUUUUAGAGAUGUGUUUUAUCCCUUAUUCUAGAGCUGAAGUUGUAGGACAAGUUUCGGACACCAAAAUGUGUAUAUUUUUUAUUUUCAUAUUAUCAACUUUAGAAAUAUGUCAGUCGCUGGCCCCUCGGAACGUUUAUACAAAUCACUGGGCAGUGCGUAUUGCAGGGGGACAAGAAGAAGCGGAUAAACUUGCUGCUAAAUAUGGUUAUAAUAAUUAUGGACAGAUCGGGAGUCUGGAGGACCAUUACCAUUUCCACCACAGCAGAGUGGUGCGCAGAGCAGCUUUCUCCACUAGGGGCGCUCACUCCUUCAUCCAGAUGGACCCAAAGGUUGACUGGGUCCAACAGCAGCUAGUGAAGCAGAGAGUAAAGAGAUACAUCAAAAGCGACACCAGAAGCCCUGACCCCAACUUCGUCCACUUCAACGACCCCAAAUGGUCCAACAUGUGGUAUAUUCACUGUACGGACAAGAACAAUCGCUGUAGGUCAGAGAUGAACAUUCUGGCAGCGUGGCAGAGAGGCUACACAGGCAAGAACGUGGUGGUCACCAUCCUGGACGACGGCAUCGAGAGGAACCACCCUGACCUGGCACAGAACUAUGACCAGCUGGCGAGUUAUGAUGUCAACGGGAACGACCAUGAUCCAACUCCUCGUUAUGAUUCUAGCAACGAGAACAAACAUGGGACGCGGUGUGCCGGUGAGGUUGCAGCUGUGGCCAAUAACUCCCACUGCAUUGUGGGAAUUGCAUACAAUGCACGCAUUGGAGGUAUUCGUAUGCUGGAUGGUGAUGUGACAGAUGUAGUAGAGGCGAAGUCCCUCGGUGUCAGACCUGACUACAUAGACAUCUACAGCGCCAGCUGGGGACCUGAUGACGAUGGAAAGACUGUGGACGGACCAGGGCCUCUGGCCAAACAGGCCUUCGAGAUGGGCAUCAAAAAGGGCCGGAAGGGUCUGGGAUCCAUCUUUGUUUGGGCGUCGGGGAACGGCGGUCGCCAGGGCGACCACUGUUCAUGUGAUGGCUACACCAACAGCAUCUACACCAUCUCCAUCUCCAGCACCACAGAGAACGGCAACAAGCCCUGGUACCUGGAGGUCUGCUCCUCCACACUGGCCACCACCUACAGCAGCGGGGAGUUCUAUGACAGGAAGAUAGUGACCACAGACCUGCGGCAGCGAUGUACUGAUGGCCACACUGGUACCUCUGUGUCGGCUCCCAUGGUGGCUGGGGUCAUCGCUCUCACUCUGGAGGCCAACCCAUUGGUCAGCUGGAGAGAUAUCCAGCACCUGCUGGUCAAGACAUCCAGGCCUGUCCACCUGAAGGCCAACGACUGGAAGACCAACGCAGCCGGACACAGAGUGAGUCACCUGUAUGGCUUUGGGCUGGUGGAUGCGGAGGGUAUGGUGGUGGAGGCUAAGAAGUGGAGGAGUGUUCCUACCCAGCACACCUGUACUAGGAUGUCUGAACGACGUACCAGGUACAUCCGUGCAGACCAGAGCCUGAACAACACCAUCACAAGCACAGGGUGUACAGAGCAGGCGGAGCAGCAUGUGAGCUACGUAGAACAUGUGGUGGUCAAGGUACUGGUUGUCCAUCCACGACGAGGAGAUCUGGAGGUCAGCCUCAUAUCACCCUCAGGAACACGCUCACAGCUACUGGCCAAGAGGUUGUUUGAUAACUCUAAUGAAGGUUUUAGGAACUGGGAGUUCAUGACUGUUCACUGCUGGGGGGAGAGGGCAGAGGGCCAGUGGAUCCUGGAGAUCAUAGACUCUCCCUCAUCUCUACGCAACCCAGAGGUGCUGGGUAAACUGAAAGAGUGGACGCUGGUCCUUUAUGGCACCUCGGGGCACCCGUACCAGUCUCACGGGACCCAGCACUCUCGCUCCAGGAUGCUUGAGAUCCCAACCCCCAGCCGGGACCCCAACGGGCCCGAACCACCCCCGGAGGUCCUCAAGCACCAGGAGGAGGAAGAGGAGGAGUACAGCGGGCCGUGCCACAGUGAGUGUGGGGACCAGGGCUGUGACGGGCCAGAUCCUGACCACUGUCUGAACUGUAUCCACUACAGCCUGGGCAGCCUCAAGACAGGCAGGACGUGUGUGAGCCACUGUCCGCUGGGCUUCUACGAUAACUUGGAGGCCAGGAGGUGUCGACGCUGUCACAAGGGCUGUGAGAGGUGUGUGGGACGCACCCCCACCGAGUGUCGCUCCUGUCGCAGGGGGCUCUACUUCAACCCCCUCAACACUACCUGCUCUGAGACCUGCCCUGCUGGGUACUUCGCUGACGACAUUCAGAGGAAAUGUCUGAGGUGUCAUGAGAACUGUAUGAAGUGUCUGCGGGACUCAGACAGGUGUACUGCCUGUAACGACGGAUACAGUCUGGCGGGGAUGACCUGUGUACCAGAGUGUGCCAACGGAACCUUCUUUCAUCUGGAGGAGAUGAAGUGUAGUCCCUGUCACACCUCCUGCUCUACCUGCACAGGUCCAGGUAAGGAGGAGUGUAUCCAGUGUGCCAGAGAUCACCUGCAGCAAGAGUGGAGGUGUGUUCAGACCUGCGCCCCAGGAUACUACUCAACAGAGGAUGCUGGCUACCACCAGGGGAUGUGUCACAAGUGUGAGGAGAAUUGUCUGAGUUGCGACGGCCCCGAGACGACCUGCGUCAAGUGCAAAGACAGCUACAACCUCGUCAGCAGGAUGUGCAUCGUGAACGCCACCUGUAACAAUGCCGACGAGGUGUUUUGUGAGAUGGUAAAGUCCAACCGGCUGUGUGAGAAGAAGCUGUUCCGCCAGUUCUGCUGUAGAACCUGUCUGAUGACCGGUUGAGAAUCCUAGUAGAGAACCUGAAAAGUGGAACCUGGAGAGGAACCCUGCGUGGAACCCACCACUUCCUCAUCCACUGUACAUUUCCAAACUAGCUAAUGUCUGUGUCUGAAUGAAAAGAAAGAGUGAAUAGGCCUUCACCAGGGUUGGGGUCAAUUCCAUUUUCCUCAAUGCAUUCCUGAAUCCACUGAAUUGAAAUGGAAUUGACCCCAACCCGGAACACACACUAUUCCUCCCAUCAAAGGGUAGACUUGAUUUUCAUACGAUACAUACAGUAUUUUAAAGUUGUCUUUUUUAUUUAAAAAACAACAUACAGUAUGUAACAUGUAUAUUUUGUAUUCUAAUGCUGCAUUGUUGUAAAGUACAGUACUUUUUACAAUGACAUGUUAGUGGAUAACUCUCUGAUUGAACCACUGUGUUUUGGAAGUGAAGCUGGUUGAUAAACCAACAGCAUCACUCAAAACGGGGAUGGUAUUUAAAGGCACCAAGUGGAAUAAGACAAACUGAAACAUGAAGGGACUACUUGAACGUUUCUGUUUUCUGUUGUGUGCCCUACUGAAUACGACCCUGAUCAACUUUUUCAUACUUAAGAUACAAACUUCCUCACAAAAAAAUUGUUUAUACUGUAUAAGGCUUUUAGUUUUUUUUAUAAAGAAAUAUGUAAAACAAUGAAUUACUGUAAUUGUAUUUUAGCAGACACUAUUAUUCAGAAUGACUUACAGUAGUGAGUGCAUACAUUUUCAUGUACUGGUCCCCGUGGGAAUCACACCCACAACACUGGCGUUGCAAGCGCCAUGCUCUACCAACUGAGAUACACGGGACUAUUACUGAAUACUGUACAAUUCCUGUAUACUGUACCAUUUACAAUGCUGUUGUACAUUUUAGAAUGUGUAUUUGAUGUUUUUAUCGUUUGUUUUUAUGUAUGAAAUAAAAGACGUACAUUGUGUAUGAUA